AAAUGUCAGUUGUCAGUCAAAAUGUCGCAUGGACGCUGAACCAAAAUAAAAAGAAAUUGGAAAAUAUUCCACAGGAAAAAUGUCUCAAUGGGGAUCGUCGGAUUCCGGUAUUUUAAGGAAAAACAGAGUGGAAGAGAACCUGGAUCAGUUGCUGGUGUUUGGAUACUCGUGCAAAAUAUUCAGGGACAAUGAAAAAGCUUUGUAUAUUGAUCAAGGCAAACAUCUCAUUCCUUGGAUGGGACAGGAUUCUUUGAAAAUAGACAGAUAUGAUUGUAGAGGAGCCCUCUCAGACCUGAAGCAGUAUGAAGCGAGUAGGGAAGGGUAUGAUACCUUGCGCUGGAUGGGGCUCAAUGAAUCAGAAAAGAAACUGGAGGAGCUGUGUGAUGCUGAGAGAUAUUAUUCACUUGAAAUUAAUGAGGAGGAAGAAGAAAUGUACAAAGAAGAGGCAGCUAAGAGAAACAAAACCAAUGCCAUUAGUUUUGACUACAAUACUCCUCAGCCCCACGGUCCAGAGCCUCAAGAACCACUAGAAGGAAUACCCACUGUUCCCGAAAAAGAAGAAGAAGAUGAGCCCUAUGUACCUUUGCCUGUCCUAGAUGUACCUGUGGACAUAAAUAUGCCAAAAACAGUAAAGGAAUAUGCAAGAAUAGAGAAAACUGCUUUGUUUGUUUGUCGACAAGGCCUCCAAAUGGAAAUCCUGAUUAAGGCAAAACAAGCUGACAAUCCCCAGUUUAGUUUCUUGAUUGUUCAAGAUCCACUUUACAAAUUUUACAGGCAUCUGCUGCAGGCGUUUAAAAAUGGAAGAUAUCAGCCCCAGUGUAGUAAAAAAAUAGAGGAACCAAAGCCUGUUACCUUACAAGAAGAUGAAACCGAUGCCCAUUAUCUCCACCCGAGCCUUCAGUCUUCCACAGCAGGCAAACCGGCCACGCCCCCUCCACCGGCCAAUCCUGGCGUGCGAUAUCGCCCGUCGGCCGACUGCGCCUACUCGCAAUUGGUGAGCCGCAUCCAAGGGGCGGGGGGACACGCAAUGAACGGUCAAUCGGAGUAUGCGCAACAGCAACCGUAUCCCGCUAUGGACCAGGCGAUGUUGGUCAGUUUGGAGCAGCAGUACCAUCAAUACUAUUAUGUGCAGCAGUUUUAUGAGUAUUGGAGGCAUAGUGUGAUUAGUAGUGAGCAAGGAGGAUUGUAUGCUGGUUUGCCUCCGAACUUUAACCAAUUGGAUCAAAACAUGCAAAGUUAUAUUCAUCAGUUGGCGUGGGGGCAAUUCGUGCAGCACCAUCAGCAACAGCAGGCGAUUGAGGCGCAGCAAGCGCAACAGGCUAAAGCUAAUAAUAACGCUUAUUCUCAAAUUGUGUCAAAUUUAAAUAAAGACGGAGUUAGUCAACUAACGGCGAACAUUCCCCAACUACCACCACCGGAACCUAAAACGGAAAAACCGGUAAAACUCGAGGAAAAACCGGCACCGCUUGUAAAGUACGAAGACAACGAAGUUAAAAAACCUUUGCUCUCUUUGACCGCUUACGGAUCAGGAUCCGAUACGGACUCGCAGUCUGACAGUGGAAGCGAGGAUGAGUCUGUUGAAGAAAAAGUGGAAGUUUACAGAGUUCCUCCGAGCGAGGUGCAAACUGUCAUUGACAAAAUGGCCGAGUACGUAUCCAAAAACGGUGAUCAAUUCGAGGAAAUUAUUAAGCAAAAGGGAGACUCCAGGUUCGAUUUUUUGAACGGAGAACACGAGUUUUAUAAAUAUUACAAAGCAAAACUGAGAGAGCUAAAAGGGGCACCAGUAGAAAAGAAGGAACCGAAAAAAGCCAAAAUAAAAGUAAAAAAAGUCAUCGCACCUGUGUGCUUUUCAAUUAAAAAACCCAAAGAUGAGCCCUCGAAAGAGAUCAAGAGUGCUCUGCCAAUGGAAGACUCAUCCGAAGAAGAACAAGUCCCAAAAAGUCCCGAAAACCCAAUCACAGUGGCACCACCCAAAAUUGUCGAUAUUCCACCAGACCAAACUGCAACCGAGACAAACAGUAACACUAUAGUAAGCGAUUUGAAAGAAGUAGUGUUGAGGUUACGGACCAAGUCACCUCCCACUAAAGAAAAGUCAAGAUCAAAAAGUCCUCCCAAAAGAAGAUCGAGAAGUCCUCCGAAAAUAAAAAUUAAGGAGGAGAGAACCUCUAAAAGUCCCAACAAAUCUCCACCUCAAACAAAAAGCCCCAAUUCUCCCAAAAGAAUCAACUCGUCUCCUAAAAAAAGAAAAUCACCACCGAUAGACAUGUUCGCCGACGACACCACAAUAGUGAAAAAACCAAAACAAAUCAAUGGCCUGUUAGAAAUCAAAGACGACGACCCUAUAUUGGAAAUGAUGGAGAUCAAACGGGAACAGCAAAAAAUUGCCGACGAACAAGAAAAAGCCCGACAGUUGGAGCGAAAGCGAAAAGCGGCGAUGUUCCUCAAACUAAAGUCCGUAGAAAAUAUGGAUAAGGGUAAAAGAUCGCCCGGCAAGAAGAAAAUACUGUCCUCGCCAUCAACUAUUUGUAGUAGCCGAAGAAAUUCCGAGGAUAGUAUCAUAUCUGUUAGGUCCAGAAGUAGUUCGAGGGAAAAAAGGGAUAGAAGUAGGUCUAGGAGUAGAUCGAGGUCCAGAAGGAAGGAUAGUAGGAAACAUAAAAAACACAAGAAGGAGAGAAGUCGGAGCAGAGAUAGUAGGAAACGGCGAAAGGAAAAGAAAAAGUCACAUAAAAGAAAACGCUCAAAAUCAAAAAGGAAGUCGAAAAAACACAAAAGAUCCAGGUCCAGGUCUAGAUCUAGAUCGCCGUCUAGCCGAAGCAGAAGCAAAUCAGUGGCGUCGCAUAUAUCAAUUAACGACAGCCCUUGACACAGGUGGGUUAGAUACCAAAAGUGAUAACAUUCAUUUAAGGGCCUUUAUUGUUCAGCAUGUAUAUAGUGGUUAUUGUAAAUAUGUUUUUGUAUAUAAACCAGAUCUAUUAUAUGAACUAUUUUUAAUAAUAUUGUAAUCAGGCAUAUGGGAAAGGCCUUUGGUUAUUUUACAGGGUGUUUAAAAAUGCAUUUGGUUAAACCGAAGUACGAAACACGAGCACAUCAUUUUAAGCUUUUCAUCUUUUAUUAAAAGUUAUUUUUAUUUAUCAAUAUUUGGUAGCUGUGACAAUCGGUUUUUAUGAAAUAUACAGGGCGAUUUUUUUUUAAUUUUUAAUCACUAGUUCAAGUAAAGUCAAGUCCGGUACAUCCGACUUGACUUUAGCAGUGAACUAGCAAAUCAAAAAAACUUGUGUGUAUCGGUAAGCUCAAAUAAGCGUUACAACUUUCUUAUUUAUUUUAAGUUAUUCUCUGGAUCUCUUUAUUAAAUUUUUCGGAAUGACUUAGGCAAAUUUAUUUCAGGACAAAUAUGACUCUGUUUUUACGCAGUUUUCUAUCUGUUAAUAUCUAUUUUUUUCUAAGCAAGACAAUAAAAUGCGAUCAUUUUGAAAUGUACGUAAGAUGUUUUUAUUGCUUCAAAGUACGCAUAAAAAAAUAUUUUUGAUUUUACAUGCAUUCAAUAAUAUUUUUUUUUAAGUUAAAGUUGACUCCUCAAAAAAAUGUACCGUAAAAUGGGAUUUCUUUGACAGGUUUGCACCUAUUAUUGGACUAUAACUCACAAACAAAUUAAAAAUUAAAAUAUUUUAUAUUUUCACGGUGUCUUGUGUACAAAAUAGAGUAAAUCACCCAAUUAUGGUUUUGUUUUAUCGAGGGGGUAUAUAUAUACUAUAUAUGUAUUUUUUUGAUGGAGUGCCAAAGUAGGCUUUAUUAUUGGGGUUACUUUGGCAAGGUAUAAAAAUACGUUUGUUGCCAUUAUAGACUUAUUGCUAAGCCUACUUUGGCACCAAAAAAAAAGCCUAGUGCAUUUUUUUUUGUGAAAAUUAUUUUUAGUCAUAUAGGUAAACUUUAUUAAAACUCAUUAAUAGAAAAUUAACUUAUCAUUUAUUACAAAAACCCAAUAACAGAAAAUUAACAUAUUAUUUUUAUGUAAAAACCGAAAAAAAAAACAAAAAAAUUAUAACUGAUGUUUUUAAAUACAGAAGUCCUUAUCCUUCACACUGUCGUCGGAAUUAAAAUCAACAUUUGUGCAGUCUAUGCAGACGUAAAAUUGAUCUACACUUUUUUCGUUGCAAAUUCCGCAAAUCCAUUUACAACACUGACAGCACCGAAUCCAAUCAGGACCUUGGUAGUUUUUCCAUUUUUUAAAGCAAAUUGCACAAUUACCAUCGUUUUUAGUUUUCACUUUUCUUUUUCUUGGCUCCCUUGGAGGUAGUACUUUGCUAGAAGCUGUUUGAAAUGUUAUCAGUGCAAGAUCGUCGCUAUCUUCAUCACUGGUUUCUAUAAUCAUCUUUUGAGUUCCUGAGGGACCAGCCACUGGUUCUGCAUCAAAGUUUUCAUUAUUUAUUGGUUCCUCGGUUCGAAGUUGUUUUCCAGGUUCUACUUUCUUCCCACGUUUUCUAACAGUUUUUUCCUUAUUAGAACCGCGUAAGUCCUGAAGGACAUCAAUUAAGCUUUGCCUCAUUGUUUUUUGCACCUCUUCAAAAUUUUCUGGAAGAGCCCCUGGAAUCCUUUUCAGAACUUCUGAAGGGUCAUAUGGACAAAGCCCUGUAGCUCUAAAGCCUGAUUUAAGGUUGUUGCUCACAUUUUCAUUCACAGAAUUCCAUACUCUUGUUAACAAGGUGGGGAAAUAUUCUUUAGGAAUGGAGGCGCUGGACUUUCAUUUCAUUCGUUUCAUUUCUCCAUUUGUCCAAGAUUUCCCGCCAUUUUUUUUCAUGGGUGCGAAGACUGGAACAUCUAAUGGUUGCAUUAUAGGCGUGCUAUUUGGGGGUAAAGAAAUGAGAGACUAAGUUAUCUCCGAUUACAACUUUUUUCCCUCGAGUGUUCAUAUCUUUAAUUUUAGGCAGCAGAAUAUCGAAAAACCAUUUCUCGAAUUGAAUCAUAUCAAACCAACCACUAGAGUAUUGGCAUAAACCGUUCCAGGCGGACCUCCUUGAGUCCAAUUCGCGUACAAAUUUCCGGCUUUGUAAACAACCAUUGGCGGCAAAAGCUCACCUGCGGUAUUGCCGCAUACCAUAAUGCUAACCGAUGCUUUCGAAUGUUGGACCCGUUCAACGCGUUUUGUUCCGCUGGGGACCACCACCUUCUUAGCUCCAGGAUCAUCCUGAACGUUGGUCUCAUCAUAGUUGAAGACCAGUCGAGGAUCUGCAUCCAUUAAAACGUCUUUAAUAUUCUCAAAAAACUCAUUUAUAGCAUUUGGUCCUACCGCUGCACGUGUUCGUUUGAUAUUCGCGGCUAAACGAACACUAAAGUUGUUUCUGGUGAUAAAGUGUUCCAAAAAAUCACUACCUGGAACAUUGUCCUUGAAUUCUUUAACAACACGACCUUUUUUUUUCUAAAUAUUUAUGCAACACUUGCCGAAUUUAUCCGCUUUUGUAAAGGGAAAACCCCAAUCACUCACUGUACUCAAUGUCUUUGUCAACAAGUUCUCCUCCCAGGGGGGUAAACACGGUUGGGUGACCUGGGUGCCGUUCGUGGCUGCCCUUCAACUUGUUUUGAAGGGUUCCUCGCGAAAUUUUAAAUUUUUUGCUUGCCUUUGCUUGCGACAUACCACCCCUAAUGGCGGCAAGUGCAUUUUGUAAAUCGGCUGUUGAAUAAUUGGCGUAGGUAUAUAUAAGGUAUAUAUAAUAUUUGGCGCCCCCCCACUUUUGUCUUAUAAUGUCUUGGCAUUUUUACCUAAUUUACACCUGCAACAAAAGAGAAUCACUGUAAAAAAAAAUAAAUAAAUAAGGAGGGGAAUUUUAAAAUAUACAUAAAUAAAUAUAGCAACCUGCCAAAGUAGGUUGAGGGUGCCAAAGUAACCCCGAUUUACGGUACAUCAUCUCGGGAAAGCAUACAGCAUUCGGUAUUAAAGAAAAAUUAUAGUUUAAGAAUAAGAAAAUGUCAGACUUGUCAGAAAAAAAAUUAAAAUCUCACUUUUGUGUUAUAAAUCAUAAACAAAAAUUAACUGUUUCAGUACCUAGAUACUGAUGUGUAUAUGACUGUUUGUUUAUAAUGUAAUGUUUAUAAUACCAUAACAAAUUUUGAGUCAACAUUUUAACCGAAUCGUUUAGCGUUUUAAAUGCCUAAAGUUGUCCUUCGAAACAUUCUAACCUCUUUGGAGUGGUUUUACCUAGUUUUCGCCGCUUUUGAAGUAACUGUCAACGUUUCUCCUGUUGUGAUCUCCAUAAUCAUAUUUCCAGCAAAUCAAAGAGUACGUACUAGCACCAAAAAUCUCAGCAGUAAGAGUGUCGAAGGCUUUUAUAUGUGGAUAUCAUAUGGAAAAAUGUAGCCCUCACUGCUUUUUUUUAUUUCUUCAAAAGAGUGAACGGUUCUUCUUAUUGCCAAACCAUAAUAGUUAAUCAUUUUUACCAUUGACUUAUUAGUGAAUUGCAAUGGUUUAGCGUUAAUUUAUCGCUUUUUCGGGACCGUUUUUUUAUUAUUCUAUUCUUCGGCCUUCCCUUUCCUAUCAACCAGUCUUUUCUAUACCUUGAAGUUGUCGAUAUAUUCGUUUUUUACGUGGCAUUUUACGCUUUUUACUAUUUACUUCUCUACGUCUUUUUUGACAUUUCUUGUCCAGGUUGCCAUGUAUAUGGAUUUUUCUGCAUCCAUCUCAGAUUUAUUUAACGUAUUUUUACUCAAUGUCCAUUUUCGAUAUGUUAUAACCGAACUCGACGGUAAUCCAUCAGCGUUAUAUGAAAUUACAAAAAUCACCCUGUGUAUAGGAAAAUACUGUGAUAUUGCUCGCAAAAAAAAUCUAAAUAAUUUAUAGGUACAACCCAAUAUGCUUAUUUUAUCUCUAACCAAGGAAAGUGAUUGGCUUAAACUGAUGCCUUAUACACAGACGUACUAAAACCUUCCGACUUACGUUUUUUACACCCUGGCUUUAACUAUUUUUCUUUUAUUUAUUUAAAUUAAUAAGGCAAGUGAAAUUAUUAUUCUAAUUAAAGUAAACCCUUAUGCGAGGCUCAUGUUUGACACCAUCAACCUAUUUCUUUUUUUAGCAAAUAAACGUUUUCUCUCCCAAAA